AUGUCCCCCCCUGGCUCGGCCGCGGGAGAGAGCGCCGGCGGCGGCGGCGGCGGUGGCGGCGGCCCCGGGGUCCCGGAGGAGCCCAUGGCGGCAGUGGCGGACGAGGGCCCCGCCCGAGAGGAGCAGCGUCCCAUCCAGCCCUCUUUCACCAAGUCCCUCUGCCGUGAGUCCCACUGGAAGUGCCUCCUGCUCUCGCUGCUCAUGUACGGCUGCCUAGGGGCCGUGGCCUGGUGUCACGUCACCACGGUGACCCGCCUCACCUUCAGCAGCGCCUACCAGGGCAACAGCCUCAUGUACCACGACAGUCCCUGCUCCAAUGGCUACGUCUACAUCCCCCUGGCCUUCCUGCUCAUGUUGUACGCCGUCUACCUGGUGGAGUGCUGGCACUGCCAAGCGCGCCACGAGCUGCAGCACCGCGUGGACGUGAGCAGUGUGCGAGAGCGCGUGGGCCGCAUGCAGCAGGCCACGCCCUGCAUCUGGUGGAAGGCCAUCAGCUACCAUUAUGUCCGCCGCACCCGCCAGGUCACCCGGUACCGCAACGGAGAUGCCUACACCACCACCCAGGUCUACCAUGAACGUGUCAACACGCACGUGGCCGAGGCCGAGUUUGACUACGCGCGCUGCGGCGUCCGCGACGUGUCCAAGGCGCUGGUGGGGCUGGAGGGCGCGCCGGCCACACGGCUGCGCUUCACCAAGUGCUUCAGCUUCGCCAGCGUGGAGGCCGAGAACGCGUACCUGUGCCAGCGCGCACGCUUCUUCGCCGAGAACGAGGGCCUGGACGACUACAUGGAGGCGCGCGAGGGCAUGCAUCUCAAGAACGUGGACUUCCGCGAGUUCAUGGUGGCCUUCCCGGACCCGACCAGGCCGCCCUGGUACGCCUGCUCGUCGGCCUUUUGGGCCGCGGCGCUGCUCACGCUGUCCUGGCCGCUGCGCGUGCUGGCCGAGUACCGCACGGCCUAUGCGCACUACCACGUGGAGAAGCUCUUCGGCCUGGAGGGCCCCGGCUCGGCGAGCAGCGCGGGCGGCGGCCUGAGCCCCAGCGACGAGCUGCUGCCCCCGCUCACGCACCGCCUGCCGCGGGUCAACACGGUAGACAGCACAGAGCUCGAGUGGCACAUCCGCUCCAACCAGCAGCUGGUGCCCAGCUACUCGGAGGCGGUGCUCAUGGACCUGGCGGGGCUGGGGGCGCGCUGUGGCGCGUCGGCGGCGGGCGGUGGCUACGCGCCCACGUGCCGCUACGGCGGGGUGGGCGGCCCGGGCGCGGCGGGCGUGGCCCCGUACCGGCGCAGCUGCGAGCACUGCCAGCGUGCGGUCAGCAGCUCAUCCAUCUUCUCGCGCAGCGCCCUGAGCAUCUGCGCCAGCCCGCGCGCCGGCCCGGGGCCCGGCGGCGGCGCGGGCUGCGGGGGCAGCCGCUUCUCGCUCGGCCGUCUCUACGGCUCACGGCGCAGCUGUCUGUGGCGCAGCCGGAGCGGGAGCGUCAACGAGGCGAGCUGCCCCACGGAGCAGACGCGCCUGUCGAGCCAGGCCAGCAUGGGCGACGACGAGGACGAGGACGACGACGACGAGGCCGGGCCGCCGCCGCCCUACCACGACGCCCUCUAUUUCCCGGUUCUGAUCGUCCACCGGCAGGAGGGGUGUCUGGGUCACAACCACCGGCCGCUGCACCGCCACGGCUCCUGCGUGGAGACCUCACUGUGA